AAAUUAAUUUGCAAUCUUAUGAAGAUUUCAGGAUUACGCAUAUAUACACUUUGUAUGUAUUGUUAAUAGUCUCCCUUAAAUUACACCAUCGAUCCCAAUGAAACAGAAACAGAAAGAUCCAUUCUUUCUAAUUAAUACAUACAUGGUGAUCGAUCCUCCUGCCAGCCACUGAACCCCAUGCAAAUCGCACCACCAACAGACUCGCUCUCAUCAAACUUUCCGUUUCACAUUGCUGCCAUUCUCCGCCGUGCCCGGACCUCCAUUUGCGCCGCUGCCGCCACCUGUCCCCUCCGCCAACCCCUAUAUAUUCCCCUCCAUCCCCCACCGGAUUCCUCAUUCUCUGAUCUCCGCAGUAGUGAUCUUCUCUACUAUAUCCCAUCUUAGAGAAAAUCCACUGCGCCAUCGGAGAAUCCCAAUAAAGCUUUCUCCAUCUUCAUCAACAACUCAUCCUCACAAAUGGCCCGCCAGUUGGUCGUCCUCGCUGCCAUCUUCCUCGCCGUCUUCGGCUCCGUCUCUGCCAGAUCCCCCAGCCCCGCCCCGGCUGAAUCCCCCAAGGCUGCGGCCCCAGCUUCAUCAUCCCCCGCUGCCACCCCAGCUUCCGUUCAGGCUCCAGAUGCCCCCCCAGCUUCCGGCCCGGCUCCCGCCGCCACCCCAGCUUCCGGCCCUGCUCCAACCGCCACCCCAGCUUCCGGCCCCGCUCCCGCCACCACCCCAGCUUCUAGCCCGGCCGACGCUCCCUCCGCCGAAACCCCGGAGGCCGAUGACGUCUCAUCUCCCCCCGCCCCUGGCAGCGAAUCAGCCUCCCCCGCCGGUGAGCCAACAGCCGCGGACGCAUCCCCGGCCGAGGCACCAGACAGCGGCGCCGCUGCUUUGAAGGUCACAUCCGUCGCCGGUGUCGCAGCUGCGGCAGCAAGUUUCUUUUUCUUCUUCUAAGCAGUGAAAGAUCGGUGAUGGUGUGGAGUGUUUUUGAUAGAGUGGAGAUCAUCCUCAUAUGAAGAGGAAGCCAUUGCUCGUGAGCUCUUAAUUAGCAACCAUUUUCAUGCAUGGUUUGCGUUAAGAUUAUAGUAACUCCACUUGAUUCAAAAUCUCUAUUCAACGAGCAAUGUUAUUAUGAUUUUAACUUUGCAUUUUGUUUUGUUUUUGCUUGCAUCUUAAUUUGGAUGAUAUUAAACAUUUCGAACACCCAACAUAUCUUAAUUAGGAUCGAAGGAUCGAAUCAUACAUACAAAUCACAUCCAGAAAUCAAGAGAAGUUGGUUAAGUGAACUGCUCAAAUAUGAGCCAUGAGGGGGUGCUGACAAAAUGAUCAGUAAGUUAUGAUUUUAUAUACAUACAUUCAGAAUUAAAGCAAUCAUUGACAAUUCUAAACCCUUGGAUAGAAAUAUAGCAAAAUCAAUCGGAAAGCAAAUGGGUUUCAGUUCUAAAGCUUAUGAAAUUAUAUCAAAAUUGUUCACUAAAAUAUGAAAUUGGGACAAAGAAACAUACAUAAUAAAAGAAAGGACCCAACGUCAUAAUCAUGUGUGGAUUUAAUAAUUCAGUUACGGUUCUUGAACCUGGUGGACCCAUGAAUACCCCUCUUAUGGCCAA